UAUGAUUUAUUAUUUAAAGAGUUGAAACAAAACGCAAUUAUUUUUAGGUUAUAUCAUAUUUCUCGAUAAUAAUCUUUUAAACUGAAUUGUACUUAUUUCUUAAAAUGCUGGAAGUUUGUGUAGAUAGUUUGGAGUCAGCACUGAAUGCUGUACACGGCGGUGCUGAAGAGUUAGAAGUUUGCAGCUCCCUUACAGAAGGAGGUCUUACAUCUUCGGCAGGAUUGGUGAAGGAGAUUUUAGAUGUGGUAAAUAAAAUUGGCACUGGUCGUGUUUACAAAACUUGUCCUGAAUGCUGCAGCUGCCUGAAGUUAGUAAAGGUAAAAAAACCCAAAGUGAACGUAAUGAUCCGAUGUCGGACCGGCUCGGACUUCUGCUACAGCGAGCAAGAAAUGGAUACCAUGUUGGCCGACGUGGAUGUUUUUAAGCAAAUAUCCGUUGACAGAUUUGUUUUCGGCGCCCUAACAAACACUCAGGACAUCGACGUUGUUAAUAACGCCAAAGUUGUAGCUAGCGCUAAACCCACACCUGUAACGUUUCACAGGGCAUAUGACGUUUGCAAGGAUCCGCUGAAAGCGGUGGAAAAAAUAAUUGAGCUCGGCUUCAACAGACUUUUAACUAGCGGUCAAAGAAGCUCGGCGGGGGAAAUUGAAGCCAUCGAAUUAAUUACAUCCAUAAUCGCUUCUUUCGCAGACAAAAUCCAGGUAAUGCCGGGUGCUGGAGUGACUGUCAGUAACGCGAAAACUUUUAUUGAUCUCGGAUGCAAAAUAGUCCACAGCUCUUGCAAAAGAGUCCGUGUUUUGCCAAAGAUUGAGACUAAUUUAAGCAUGGGCACGAGUGACAGUGAAUGUAUUUACAUAACAGAUGAAAAUGUUGUAAGAAAAAUGAAGGAUGUUCUGAAUUCUUAGAUAUUAUUUUACCGUAUUUAAUUUGUAACAUUCCAUUUCUAGAAUAUUAAGUAUAUUAUAAAUACUUACUCUUA